GAAGCUAUCAUGGAGUUCGCAAAGGUCAAAUUUGGCUUAACAAUAAUAUUUGCCACUUUUUUGAUUUUUAGUGAUAGUCUUCCCAGUGGAAAUGAAUUGGUUUUUCCUGCAAAUACAGAACUGUUCUUCAACAGAAGCUCCAGGCAAUAUGUUUGGCUACCAUUCUUCUGGGGUGUAGGCUUAGUACGUUUUGAAAAUGGCGAAUGCGACGGCGGUAAUGGAUUCACUGGAACGUGUUUCACCAGAAGAGAAUGUUCUUAUCAAGAUGGAGUGAGAGCUGCUUCUUGUGCAAACAGUGCGGGGGCAUGUUGCGUUUUUCAAAGGACUUGUGGAGAGAGCAGCAGUGUCAAUAAUACUUACUUUGUGAGUCCUGGUUUUCCUUCCACGUAUACAGGGGGCACUGCUUGUUCGUUUACCAUUGAGAAACAAGACGAUGCAUGUCAAGUAAGAUUAGAUUUCUUAACGCUAAACCUUGCACAGCCAAAUGUUAAUGGUACAUGCACAACGGAUGCACUUACCGUAACUGGGGGUGCGUCAAUAGUACCGAUUAUUUGUGGAGAAAAUACUGGUCAGCAUAUGUAUGUGGAUUUUAAUGGAAAUACUUCCAUUACCGUCACUAUUUACGUUCGAUCGGCUACUAUUUCAAGAUCUUGGAAUAUUAAAGUGGCCCAAAUCAAUUGUAACUGUCCUUGGAGAGCUCCAUCUGGUUGUUUACAAUUUUACAAUCAACUGAGUGGUACAGUGCGUAGCUUCAACUAUGGCAGUUCCAGCUUACUUAACGGCACAAGACAACUUGCUGGAAUGAAUUAUGGGGUCUGUGUUAAGCCUUUUCCAGGCUAUUGUGGCAUUCAAUGGUCCCAAACCUCAGACUUAUACAGUUUUUCGGUCACCAAUAACACAUUUACGGCCGUGAGUGAUUUAACUCUUGGAACCGCAUCAGCCGCUCAAACUGGAUGGAAUUGCACCACCGAUUUUGUGGUUAUUCCGGCACCGAUUUUAAGUUCCAACAAUACGCCUUUGAAUACCGAUCGGUUUUGUGGAAACGGGUUUCCCACAGUAAUAUCAUACUCAAAACCGUUUGUACUCACUGUGGUUACUGACGGAAACGAAGUGAACGACUCGGGAAAUCGUGGAUUUGCUUUAACAUUUUCGCAAAUAUUGUGUGUUGGUUCAUUGCUUUUAGGAUAAUUAGGAAGAAGAUGAAAUUAAUAAAAAACGUUAUA